ACUGUUCAUUGUUCGGGGCUUGGCUGCUUAGUCCUCUGUCACUUUCGCUCUUUUUCUCUUUCCUUUUUUUUUAAUGGAGAAAAUGUUUCAGAUCGCCAGGACUGAUUAGAUCAGCAAAGUCAGAGUUCUGGUAGACUAGGAAGCAAUUUACCAAAGCCACAGGUUUCUUCCUGGAGGUUUAAAAGCAGUGUCUUUCUUUAUUCAUGAUUUCGGAAGCAAGGUGGAGGCAGCACCUGAGCUGGGGGGGGAAGAGGGUUUGCAGCGAGAUGUCCACAGUAUCCUAAAUGACUCCGGGUUCACGCUGGGAGGAGUUUUGGGCUGCGUUCCCGAAAUAAGUGAAGUUGGAGACAAGUAUCUACGUGACUCAAAUGAAAAAAGUGGGGCAGUGGGAAUGGCCCUUUGCAAUGAUGGAUUUAUAGAUUCUUCUGCUUGUGCCGCCACGCUGGAGGGAGUGCGCCUGUGUACCCAUCGGGAGCACUAGUCAGUCCCACCUGAAGCCACGAAUCUGGCAGCUUCUUUGAAGCUGCAUUUUGUGCCUGUGGAUUCAAGGCUCCUGGGGGUGGUGUCUUCUGAGCAGGGAAGCAUUUUCAUCAGGAGACAAGAAUACCUGACUGCGUUUCCUUCCUUUCUGAUUACAGCUUUAAAGAAAACUGAGCACCUCCUGCCACUUAAAAUCAAAAACUACCUAAAAUAAAGAUUAUAGAGCCAGAGGAAGAGCCAGCCAUGGAGGACAGCCCCUCUAUGGUGAAAGUGGACAGGGGUGAGAACCAAGUUUUACCACAUCGAAGGAGAAGGUGCUUCCCCAAGGCUCUGGGCUAUGUUACUGGAGAUAUGAAGGAAUUCGCCAACUGGCUUAAAGACAGGCCUGUGAUCCUCCAGUUUGUCGAUUGGAUUCUUCGAGGCUUAUCCCAAGUGGCGUUUGUCAGCAACCCCAUCAGUGGGAUCCUCGUUCUGGUGGGACUUCUGGUCCAGAACCCCUGGUGGGCUCUCACUGGCUGCGUGGCAACAGUGGUCUCCACCCUGACCGCCCUCCUGCUCAGCCAGGACAGGUCAGCAAUUGCAGCUGGGCUCCAGGGCUACAAUGCCACCCUGCUGGGAAUACUCACAGCUGUCUUUUCAGAGAAGGGAAACUAUUUCUGGUGGCUGUUACUCCCCAUAUCUGUUAUGUCCAUGACUUGUCCAGUUUUCUCGAGCGCGUUGAACUCUGUGCUGUGCAAAUGGGACCUCCCUGUCUUCACCCUCCCUUUCAACAUGGCAUUGUCCAUGUACCUCUCGGCCACGGGACAUUACAAUCCAUUCUUUCCAGCCAAACUGUUCGUACCAAUAACCUCAGUUUCGAAUAUCUCCUGGCCUGACCUCAGUGCCCUGGAGUUAUUGAAGUCUGUGCCAGUGGGUGUUGGUCAGAUAUAUGGCUGUGACAAUCCGUGGACAGGGGGCAUUUUCCUGUGCGCCAUCCUACUCUCCUCCCCACUCAUGUCCCUGCACGCUGCAAUCGGGUCAUUGCUGGGCACAGUGGCAGGACUCAGUCUCUCGGCUCCAUUUGAAGACAUCUACUUAGGACUCUGGGGUUUCAACAGCUCUCUGGCCUGCAUUGCAAUUGGAGGAAUGUUCGUGGCACUCACCUGGCAGACCCACCUCCUGGCUCUCUUCUGCGCCCUGUUCACCGCCUACCUCGGAGUCAGCAUGGCAAACGUAAUGGCUAUGGUUGGAUUGCCAGCUUGUACCUGGCCUUUCUGUUUGGCAACACUACUUUUCCUCUUGGUGACUACAAAAAACCCCAACAUCUACAGGAUGCCCCUCAGUAAACUCACUUAUCCUGAAGAAAACCGCAUCUUCUACCUGCAAACCAAGAAAAGGAUGGUUGAAAGCCCUUUGUGAGAAAAACUCCUAUCCACAGCCAUGGUCACGAAUCAUUUCUGACUGACUGCUCCAGUUGACUUCCAGGGUCUCAGCAAAAACAACUUUCAUGCUAACCCAUCGGCAUUCUGUUCUUAUGCUCAUUUUGUAUUUUUCUUUUCAACUCCAGGAAUACGCUCAAGCAUGUGGGAGCCACGUCCAGGUGAUGUGCUCCAGCAUGGAAUUUUAAGCCCUAGUAGGGGAUUGGCGCUAAGACUGUAACAUACAUAAAGUCAGAAUGUUCCAACAAAAAGAGGAAGUGAGACUAGAGCUAAUUAUUGAUAUUUAUUGAUAUUCUGGGUGUUUAGUUGGCUAGAUGAUAUUCACAGUAUUAAAAAUUAAGCUUUAUAAACCAACUAAGCCUUAUGGAAUUUACAGUCAGAAAAUCAAAGUCAACCCACAAUUCUCAGAUUGGUUUUUUAAAAUCAAUGCAAGUUACACAUUACAGCUAGGGUCAACAUCACUGGGGUGCUGGCUGAUAGCUGAGGUUGUUCCCCACUUCCUCCCCAGAAUGUCUCCAUGCUGUCCCUAGCAUAUGUGGCAUUCUCUUUCAGGAGAUAGUUGGGGUUUUUCUAGACUGAGAGCUACAGGAGCAAAAAGGGAUUUUGUCAAUCACAAUUACUCUGUCAUUUUGCCAUUUUAUUUGGAGAUUGCAAAGGAUUAUUUUUAGAUAGAGAUUUUUUUCUUAUGAAAAAGGAUUUGUUUUCAAUGAGAUAAAAUAAGAGCAGUUCCUGGCCUAACCAGUUCCUAGACAUCUAAGAAAAGUUACAUACUGUAUUUAUGAAAUACUCGGCUUAGCUAUUUUUACUUUAACUUCUAAAUUGAUUUUGUAGAUGCCACAAAUGUACAGAAUCAUCAUCAAACUGCAAGGGCCCUUUAAAGUUACAUUUUUAAUUCAUUUGAGGAUGGGAUGUCUUAUAAAGACAAAAGGUUAAGGUCAGACUGCUUAUGAGUGCGAUUUUUAGAAAUCAAUGAAUUUCUUACUUAAAAAAACUUAAUAUUUUCUGCACACUCACAAUAUUUUCUCUGAGAAACCAAUAGUAUUUGAACCACCCAAAAGAAAUAACAGAUAAGGAAUUCUCCUGUUUUUCUCUUUUUAAUUUAUAAGUUAUCAGUUCUGUAAAGGUUCUAUGACCAAACAUACUGAAGAUGGCAAUAGAAAGUUAUGCUCAUUCCUUCAGGAGGUAUCCACUUAAUAUUUUGGAUGUUGGAAAAGUGAAACUUUGGAAUCCUGAAGGUUUUUUCCUCUUUGGGUUUGCAGUGCCCAGUGUACAAUAUACCAUUUGCUGAAUGAAUAAACAGGAAUAGGGAAGUAAAUCUAAAAAUAUUUUAGGGAGACGUUCACUUCUUCCUUUUCUCAGGAAAACAAACAAGCAAACAUUGUUCCAACUUAAAAACCCCAUAACCAAAGCCUUUUGAAAUUAUGAAUUUGCAACUGUUGUAGGUAUAGGGAUAUUCCUGCGGAAAAACUAAAUUUUCAAAGUGUUUGAACUGAAAUCUUCCUUGUUAGGGAAUUUGUGACAUAAGAGCCGGGGGAAACAAACAAACAAAAAAAGCAUAACCAAAGGUGAGCAAUGAAGAAUCUAGACUGUGGUUGAGUAAACCAGAGGACUCUAAAAUGGACCCAGGGCAACCUUCCGAACUGCUCUGAGGUGUUCAUUACAGCGUUGUCUUGUGCGCUCACACAGAUUUGUAAAUAAGAAUGUUUUAAAGCCUUGUACAUUGUCUGAUUUAAAUGGUAUUAAUUCUCUCAAGCUAUUUUUGUUACUAAGUAUUAUCCUAAAAUUGAGCAUUUGUAUUUUUUCCUAUUGUCUGUAUGACAAAUUUCUAGGCAAAUAUACGAAUAAAUUAUACUCAGAGCUCAGUUUUGUGUAAUGUGC